AAAUAUCACGUUAAAAAAGUCCCAUCACCGUCACGUCAUUUUUCCGUCACCGUUAUAAAGUUUGACGAGUGUGAAAUCAAUUUGUUUGUUCAACUUCAGGCGACGUUUCAGAGGCCAACAACGGACAGCCUGCAGGUGUCGCUGACCGGAGCAUUGAGGACGAAGGUGGAGGGGGAUGGCGCCGCCGUGAUGGUGGCGCUGUACGAGAGCGGGCUGGUGACGGACUGCCCGGCCGGCGAGAACAAAGGGCGUGUGCUGGCGAACGAUUUCGUGGUCCGGAGGCUGGAAAAGCUAUGCUCUCUGAAAGACACCUCCGCCAAGAAAACGGUCACCGGCAGCGUCGCCUUCGCCCUCUGGGACAGCUUCAACGCCGCCAAGUGCGGCGUCGCCGUCUUCGUUCAGAACAAUUCGCACCACAUUUUCGGUUCUCAGAGCUUUCAAUUGCCCGACGAUAUCUGAAUUAUUAUUCUGAUCCGGCCGCCUUCUGUAAUUCCCUGUUGCUCGUCGCCCAUUUUUAUGUACAGGAUGUGUUAAACUCUUAGAUUUAUUUGUUUGAUUUCAUUUCUUUUUUUAAAACAAAAAUAGUUGUUUUUUGUUUUGUUUUGUUUGUGCUUUUCUAUUAUUAUUAUUAUUAUAUUAUUAUUGUUAUUGCUUUUCGAAAAUGGUGUGUUUUAUGUGCGAGAUUCGAGACAUAUUCUUCUAACUGAGAAAUUUGCAUACGUAUUAUCAAUUUU